AGGAGGCGGGUUGCACGGGGGUGUGGGGCGCGGAGCGGCGCCGGGACAGCGGGGAGCAGCUGGGCACGGCGGCCGCGGCAGCUGGGAUUUGGGCCGCGGUUCGGCCGGGCCGGCCGAGCUGGACUGGCCAUCAUGGAGGAGGAGCUGCAGCAUCCGCACUGUGUUAACUGUGUCAGUAGACGAUGUAUGACAAGACCGGAGCCCGGGAUUUCCUGUGACUUGAUUGGUUGUCCGUUGGUUUGUGGAGCAGUUUUCCAUGCAUGUAAGGCUGAUGAGCAUCGACUUUUAUGUCCAUUUGAACGAGUGCCUUGCUUAAAUAGUGACUUCGGAUGUCCAUUUACAAUGGCUCGAAAUAAAGUUGCUGAACAUCUAGAAAUGUGUCCUGCAAGUGUUGUGUGCUGUACUAUGGAAUGGAACCGAUGGCCAGUUAGUUAUGCAGACCGGAAAUCAUAUGAAAAUCUAAGCAGAGAUGUUGAUGAAGUGGCACAAUUAGAUAUGGCCUUGGCCCUUCAAGACCAACGGAUGCUCUUAGAAUCUCUCAAAGUAGCCACCAUGAUGUCAAAAGCAACUGAUAAAGUGUCAGAACCUAGAGAACAGAUCUCAGUUAAACCGAGUGUCUCAGAUAUACCACAUACUAAUGGUUUGGUAUCUGUUGAUGAAGAAUCUUAUGGUGCACUUUAUCAAGCUACUGUUGAAACAACCCGAAGUUUGGCUGCUGCUCUAGAUAUUCUGAAUACUGCUACAAGAGACAUUGGCAUGUUAAGUACGAGCCUUUGUGCUUCCCCAAAUGAAAUGAAUGAAGAGCAAAAUGCCAGAGAAAGCUUACAGAAUAGAAACCUGAAAGACCAGGACCAUCUUUAUGAGGAUGAGAUGGGAGCAGUAGGUGGGAUUGACCAUAAGGACACGAGUCAGAAUGCCCAGUUGGAACAAAAUGGUUCAAGUGAUUUAUUAUGUGACUUGGAUGCCAGUUCUUAUGGCACUUCUGCUCUUUGUAAUGGCUUUCCUUUGGAAGAUAUAUGUGCACAGGUCAUUGAGCAGAACCAGGAUUUACGUACUGACUCAAAACAAAGUAACUUAACAAAUGGAGAAUGUGUAGCAUCAGAUGGCCCUUCAGAACCUUCUAGUUCACUUUUAGUAGCAGCACAGGUUAGGGAAGUAAUACCACCUAAUGCUUUGCCUAAUGGCACAGUUCAGCAUAUUCUCAUGCCAGAUGAUGAUGAAGACUUGUGUUGGAAAAAAGUAGAUUUAGGGGACCUACGGAAUGUGGAUGUCUUAUCUUUCAGUCACCCUCCUUCAUUCAAAUUUCUUUCAAAUUCAUGUUGGUCUAAACCAAAGGAAGAUAAAGCAGUAGAUACAGCAGAUUUGGAAGUUGCAGAAGAUCCAAUGGGUCUCCAAGGAAUAGAUCUAAUCACAGCAGCAUUACUGUUUUGUCUAGGAGAUUCUCCAGGAGGAAGGGGUAUAUCUGAUAGUCGCAUGGCUGAUGUUUAUCAUGUUGACUUUGGGACUCAGACUUUUUCACUUCCAUCUGCCAUUUUAGCUACAAAUACAAUGGUUGGGGAAAUAGCUUCAGCUUCAGCUUGUGAUCAUGCCAACCCACAGCUUUCAAAUCCAAGCCCUUUUCAGACACUGGGGCUGGACUUAGUAUUGGAAUGUGUCGCUAGGUACCAGCCCAAGCAGCGUCCAAUGUUUACAUUUGUUUGUGGACAGUUAUUUAGAAGAAAAGAAUUUUCAUCACAUUUUAAGAACGUGCAUGGUGACAUUCAUGCUGGACUCAAUGGCUGGAUGGAACAGAGGUGUCCUCUAGCAUAUUAUGGUUGUACCUAUUCGCAGCGUAGAUUUUGCCCGUCAACACAAGGAGCAAAGAUUAUACAUGACCACCAUUUGCGGUCAUUUGGAGUUCAGCCAUCUGUAUCUACAGUGUUAGUAGAGCCUGCUAGAAACUGUGUGCUGGGUUUACAUAGUGACCAUCUAAGUAGUCUUCCUUUUGAAGUCCUGCAACAUAUUGCAGGGUUUCUCGACGGCUUCAGCUUAUGCCAGCUCUCAUGUGUAUCCAAGUUAAUGAGGGAUGUGUGUGGCAGUCUUCUCCAGUCUCGCGGAAUGGUCAUACUUCAGUGGGGGAAAAAGAAGUAUCCAGAAGGAAAUUCGUCAUGGCAGAUAAAAGAAAAGGUAUGGCGAUUCAGUACUGCAUUUUGUUCUGUCAAUGAAUGGAAGUUUGCUGACAUCCUGAGCAUGGCUGACCACUUGAAGAAGUGCAGUUACAAUAUUGUAGAGAAGCGGGAGGAAGCAAUCCCAUUGCCAUGUAUGUGCGUGACACGAGAACUCACUAAAGAAGGACGUUCACUUCGCUCAGUUUUAAAACCUGUACUUUAAAAAGUCAAAUUCCACUUGCACAUACAUGCAAGCUCCUAGUAUGAUUUCUUUGUAAUAUGUGACACUUUAUUAAUGUAUUAAAGAUUACAACUAGCUAAAUUUAUUGUCACUAUGUAUAUAAUGUUUUGAAGUGACAUAUAUUUUUAUAAAGUACUGAUUAGUUGGGAAAAAGUUGCCUUAAUAUUUGAAAUGUGUGAAUUUUUUGGAACUUGCUGGACAGGGUGAUUUAAUUUUUGCCUACAUAAUUUUCAGAAUUAGUAUUUUUAAUGGUGUGCAUAUUUUGGUUCUUACAUUUUUUGCUUCUUAAACUAACAAGAUCCUGACCAAACAGUUUACUCCUCAUUUUCUGUGGGUUACAACCCAUGCAUUCAAAAAGCAAAACUUUGAUUCUGAUUUUUACAUCAUAGACUCUUCAGAUAAAACAUUCAGUUGCUUAAGCACUGCAUAAAAACAUUAUAAAAUUUUUAUUUUCUAGUGUUCCCCUUAUAUAAUUGUUGAUAUGGAGAUGAUCUGUAAUGUGUACAUAAUGUUUAAAUCGUGAGUGAUGUUGAUAAUGCCAUUUAUCGUGUUUUAAAAAUAGUCUACAAAAAUGUUGUCUCCUUCUGUAUUUGCACCUCUCAUACAGAGAGUUACCAUAUACAGCUUUUUCUGGUUAGAUGCCACAUCCAAAGACUCAUGGCAAUAUGUUACGUGACAGGUUAAAGCAAAAUCAAACAAAAAAAAGCCUUUGAAUUUAAUUUGAAAUGGUAUAUGAUAUUAUAUAUUUGCUAGGAAUUUGAUAUUUGGAGAGAAGAAGAUACAGUCAACCCUUCAUAUCUGCAUAUCCGUGGAUUCAAUUGAAGGAUGGAAAAUACUUGGAAAAAAAAAAAUUCCAUGAAAUUCCAAAAAACGCAACUUGAAUUUGCCACUCAUCUUCAACUAUUUACAUAGCACUUACAUUAUAUUUGGGCUUUCCUGGUGGCUCAGACAGUGAAGAAUCUGCCUGCAAUGCAGGAGACAUGGUUUGAUCCAUGGAUCGGGAAGAUCCCCUGGAGAAGGAAAUGGCCACCCACUCCAGUAUUCUUGCCUGGAGAAUCCCAUGGACAGAGGAGCCUGGCGGGCUACAGUCAUGGGGUCGCAAAGAGUCAGACAGGACUGAGCGACUAACACUACACUACUACUGCAUUACAUUUACAAUUAUUUACAUGGUAUUUCCAUUGCAUUCAGUGCAGUCGCUCAGUCUUGUCUGAUUCUAUGUGACCCCAUAGACUGCAGCACGCCAGGCUUCCCUGUCCAUCACCAGCUCCUGGAGCUUGCUAAAACACGUCCAUCGAGUCGGUGAUGCCAUCCAACCAUCUCAUGCUCUGUCAUCCCCUUCUCCUGCCGUCAGUCUUUGCGUUAGGUACUGUUAAUAGUUUAGAGAUGGUAUAACGUGUAUGGGAGGUGUGCAUGGGUUAUGUGCAGAUACUGUGCCAUUUUACAUGAGGGAGUUGAACAUCUGUGAAUUUGGGUGCUGCAGGGAGUCUGGAACCAAUCUUCUGCAGACACUGAGGGACAACUGACUGCAUGGCCCAUUUUAAGUUUGAGUUGGGCAUGUUCUGUGAAUAAAUUUCAGAUAUUCACAGUGCAAAGGGCUUAACUUUUUUCAGAAGUGUUUAAAAUUUUUGCCUUUUGGUGUUUAUAAAAAUCACAAUUAUGUUGUUUUAAGACAUGUAAAAAUGUGACAUUUGCUGUCCUUUAAGAUGACAAUCAUGAACUGCAGAGAAGCCUGUCUUGGUUGACAAUCUCUUUAAAAUAUUUCCAGGUUAAUAUUCCAUACACUUCUCUACCAAAAAAAUAAGAAUUGCACCUUUAUGUAAAAAUCAAAAUUUAACAGAAAUAUCUUCAAAGACCUGUUCUUGAGGUAUUUUAUUAUAGUUUUCAAAUUGAUUUAUGCUAUCAUUAACCUGGUAUGGUCAGUUAAAAAGAUGAAUAUAUCAGUAUUAAGAAAUAAAUGGCAAAGAUGGGGACAUGUACUUAAAUAAUUUAGGUAACUUCUGGCAUUUGGUAAGCCGAAAUGGUUACAAAUUACUUUGUUAUAUAUAAAAUUUCAAAACUCUGUUUUGUCUUCUCUUCCUACAUUUGUCCCUAAGAGUGUUCUAUUGUUAACUAGAUUCUUGAUUCCCAUAUAUGGCAAUCGGGCUGGGAAGAGGCAUUCUUUGGGCAUUACAAAAGAAUUCUGAAUUGCUUAAGGCCUGAUUUGGUUGGAUCAAGUCCUUAUUACAGUUGAAAAAUACAGCAUUGAAGACUAGUUGUUUUGCCUCACCUGUCGUUUUAAUUAGUAGAAUACUUAUUUCUCAGUGCUUAAACUAUCAUUUUGAACUGUGAGAUUUGAAUUAUAUAAACAGUCUCUUUCUGUGAAAAAGUCAGAAGGUAUCAAAUUCUGUAAAAUAUAAUUCUGCCUAUUGAAGUUUUGCUGAAGAAUAUGUCUGGUUAGGAGAGCACAAACAUUCACUUUUUGUCUUAUGAUUGUGCUUUUUAAAAAUCCAUGUUCUUUUAAGUUUAGACUCCUUAUUUUCACACUAGAUCAUGAGAUAUUUACCAUUUUUCACCUUUUAUUUUCUUUUACACAUCUUUGGCUGUUUUCUUUUUGUUUGUUACGCCACCAUAUUAUUUUGUUAAAAUGUUUUCUUUGUGUAGUAUUUGUUCAAGUUCUAAUAAAAUUAAUAUUUUCCUUUA